AUGCACGCGUAUAAUUUGAGAAAGCGUGGUUGCGAGGCGCCUGAAUCUCGGUCAGCGAAGAGGUUCAGUAGCAAAGGCAACACACCAUCAGCUUCCGCAUCAGGAAUAGAGCACUCGCCCAACAUAGCUUGCCAGCCUUCCUCGUCAAACAGCACGCAGGGUCCACCGGAACUAGGAAAAUGGCUACGCAGAAAACAUCGAUUUCAGACUUGGUCCAACGAAGAGAAGAUCCAGGCUGUACAUGCGCUCAUCAAUAGCUGCUCUGGUGAUAUCGAGUCUCGGUUACAACAGGACUUCAUCUCACAACUACCUAAUGAACUGGCGUUAACAGUUUUAGGAUACUUAAAGCCCAAGGAUUUGAUGAGAAUGGCUCAGAUCUGCCGUCACUGGAGAACUCUUGCGGAUGAUAACCUUCUUUGGAAGGAGCAAUGCCGCCGCACUGGAAUUACGACUCUGAACGAAAUGCCUCCACCGUUAUUACUUGCCAGCCCGUGGAAAUCGACGUACAUGAGGCAGUACAUCAUUGAGAAAAAUUGGCUACACAAACCAGUUAACAAUCCUAUCAUAAUGCGCUGCCAAAAUGACCACUACAUAACCUGCCUCCAGUUCUACGAAAACCGCAUCUUGACCGGGAGUUAUGAUAUGACUUUAAAAUUGUGGUGUGCCAAUACAGGAACGUGUCUCCGCACCUUCGUGGGUCAUUUCGGUGGCGUGAGCUCAUGUCAAAUGGGCGGUGACCUAGUCAUCAGCGGCUCGACUGAUUGUACACUGCGCGUUUGGAAUGCCAUGACUGGAGAGUGCCUACAAGUGCUGACUGGGCACACAGGAACUGUGCGGUGCAUGCGUCUCUAUCAGAACAGAGUGGUGUCGGGAUCUCGAGACGCAACCUUACGCGUGUGGUCGAUUCCGGAUGGGAGAUGUCUUCAGGUGUUGGCGGGACAUUCCAACACUGUCCGCUGUGUACAGUACGACGGGAAGUUGGUGGUAUCCGGUGCUAACGACUUUUUGGUCAAGGUCUGGAACCCGGAGACUGGAGUCUGCUUGCAUACUAUGAGUGGACAUACUGACAGUGUUUAUGGUCUCAAGUUCGAUGGGAUUCAUGUUGUAAGCGCCUCACUGGAUACAUCAAUCUGCGUAUGGGACGUCGAAUCUGGACAACUGAAGCACACAUUAACCAGGAACCGGACCCUGACUUGUGUGCUUCAGUUGCAGUCCAACAUAUUAGUGUCUGGCAACGUAGAUGCCACCGUCAAAAUCUGGGACAUCACUACGGGUCACUGCCUACACACAUUGUCAGGCUUUAACAAACAUGAAUCAGCGGUCACUUCCCUUCAAUUGAGCAAUCGUUUCGUGAUCACCUCAUCAGUUGAUGGCAUGGUCAAGCUUUGGGAUAUUCACACUGGAGAAUUCAUUCGCAACCUCGUGGAGUCAAAUUCCGGAAUAUCUGUUAGAGUGCGACGGCGUAUCAGAGCUUCCGCAACCAAGCUAAUCUGUGCUGUUAGCUCGAGGUUUGGCAACGAGGAAACAAAGCUCCUGGUCCUGGACUUUGACGUGCCCAAUGAUUACAGCGGCAAUUAUUAA